AUGAGCGUUGAUGGUCAAGAUGCUCCUACCCAGGUCUUUUUCCCGAGGGACUUGAAGAAAUACUUGAAAGAGCAGGAUGUGUACUUGAUUGGAUAUGAGCUCUCCAACGUUUUCAUUGCAUUUGAUUGCAUCCGCCAGAAAGAGACAGUCUCGAGUCUUCCAAGCGACGAGUUCCCAGGACUAAAAAUCUUUGCAACCAUCAAUGGCCUGAAGUUGCCCCAAGAAUCUCUAAACUUUCGAUGCAGUUUGAACCGCCACCCAGAGAUUACCGAGUGCAACAAAAACGUGGUGCUAAUAUAUUUCGAUCCGCCAAAUUCUACAAAUCUAGAGUAUUUCUCAAUAGAGCCCAUUUUGCUUCAAUCUGUUGGUGAACUGGACAACCAAGUCAACAACUAUAACGGCAACUUGGAUCAAAAAUUGAAAUUCUAUGAACCUUUCCGCCAUGUUAACCCCGAGCAAAUGUUUAUCUCGGACCAGAUUGUUCUCGAAAAGAUUAAUCAAAUAUAUAGGACCCGGAUCCAGUUCAAAAACUUGGCUCCUUCCUUAUGGCUCGUCCUGUUGAAGAAAUACAUCAAGGUCUUGCUCAAACUUUCCGUGAUUCCUGCUAUUCAAAUGUUUCAAAAAGUAAUGAUUUUUUUAAUCGACAUGAUCAACUUCAAAAUUCACGGACUAUCAUUAGUGAAAUUGUCAAAAGUGUUUCGCCUGUGGGACUUGCGGCUCAAGCAAUUAAACUACUUCCCCAUCCAGUUUCUAUGCUACUACGACAAAAGCAUCUUGUACGAAAAGAACAAUUCACUUGUUGUUGGCGAUCUUAAGCUACCGGUUUCCAACGCUCAUCUCAACAUCAACAAUUCCAACUAUAUCAACCUAUACAAUUCAAUCUGGCUCAUCUCGAAUGACAUACUAUUAGGGAUUGCUGUUCAUUCCUUCAUUGUUACCCACCAGUCAACCAUUUUCCAUUUCAUUGACGAGACACUCUUGAAAAGAUACUUGUAUCUGGAUAUGGUGUCAUUGAUCAAUUGGGUGUCAACAAAACACCCUGCAGGUUUCAAGUUGAACUCCGACUUGGGCACUUUUCUUGGAGGGUUGUAUGCUUGGACAAUGCAUUUUUGGAUUCUUCGCGUUGAUAGUAUGAGGUUGAUUGUCAAUCGAGAUUUGCUACUAACCAUCUUGAAAGUCCUAUGCUACGGUGGAGGAUGCUCUUUCUUGUUGAGUUUUCUACUCGAUGCAAUCAAUUUGCUCACGUUCCACAUUUAUGGCUGCUAUUAUUGCGCCGCUAAGCUCUACAACCGGCAAAAACAGAUUAUCAAGUCCUUGUUCCAGCUUCUUCGAGGCAAAAAAUACAAUGUCCUAAGGCAGAGAAUCGAUAAUUUGAACAACUACAAAGGGGUGGACCACAAAGACGCGGCUGUUAAUGGAUCUGGGUUCGAGAUUGAUCAGUUCCUAGUGGGGACCUUGCUAUUUAUGAUCUUGACCUUUCUCCUCCCGACAGUGUUUGCAUUUUACCUUAUGUUUUCAACGAUACACAUUUUCACGCUCAUGGUGCACAAUUUGUUGGAAAAUCUCCAGAUUUUCUUAAACUUUACACCCUUGUUUGUCUGCUUGUUGAAAUUGAAGAAUUCCCGAAGGCUACAAGGUGGUAUUACUUUUAAGUUUUUACGAUACACCAAGAUGGGAGUGACUGAAAUUGCCAUGAGCAACAAGUCAUUAACCUAUGGUGAGAUCUUUGUCAACUUUGUCAAGCUAUUCCGGGAAGCUAAAACGUUUAGACACUCCAUCAUCCGGAAUCUCUUUGUUGGAGAUAUCAUCUUUAUCAAGUAUGAUGACCAUUUGAAGUUUCUCUACUUGAUGUUGCCUGAAGAGCAUAGUGAAACGAUCAACAUUUGGAAGUACUUGCAGUAG